AUGCAACUGAGGGGAGUAUCUGUGCCGGCCAUCGCUAGCACAGAAGAAUAUUUUUGUUUACCAUCGGGAUUCUUACUGAUAAGAGCGAUGUCGUGCCAAGAUAUUAAGCUGGAAGUUUGCGUUGACUCUAUUAGGAGCGCCUUUGCGGCCGAAGAUGGUGGUGCUGCCAGGAUAGAGCUGUGCUCCGCCCUGGGAGAAGGUGGCCUGACUCCCAGCGUUGGCACUCUCAAGGUUCUUAAGGAUUCGUUUACUCUGCCUAUUUUCUGCAUGCUGCGGCCCCGGAGAGGAACAGACUUUGUCUAUGACGAUAAAGAGCUAAGUGCCGUGCUGACGGACAUGGAUCUUCUGAGAGCGAACGGUGCUGAUGGCUUCGUCUUUGGAUCACUAAACCCUGAUCGAUCCAUCAAUGUGGACCACUGCCGGCAGGUAAUGCUGCACUCGGAUGGCUUACCCGUGACAUUUCAUCGAGCCUUCGACCUCACAGACCAGAAAUUUAUGCACGAGAACGUUCAGCUGCUCAAGGAGCUCGGUUUCAAGCGAAUACUGAGCAGCGGGUUUCGUCCUUCGGCCGCCGCGGGGGCUGAUUUCCUAGCGCAGAUGAUUGCCAAGCAUCACCGCGAAAUAAUUAUCAUGCCCGGAGCCGGCAUCAAGGUGCCGAAUCUCGAAGAAAUUCUCACAACUACGCGGUGCCGCGAGUUCCACGCCUCAGCCAUGGACACAGCCAGCGAGGACUAUGUAGCGCCCACAACCACUCGAAUGGAGUGUGACGUGACGAUGGGAAAGCAGGAUAUUGAUCCAUACUACGGAACCAAUCCGAACGUAGUGCGGAAAAUGGUGACCAUAGCUAGUGCCAUGAGCUGCUGAUUGUUUAAGAAUU